AUGCCAACCCUGGGCUACCUGCUGUGUUGUCCUCCACCCUGUGCUGGCCCUGGCUGUGUCCUGACCUGCCCACCUUCUCCACUCCACCCUUUGAUCCGAAGCCUCAGAACUGUGGCCGCCCUCCGGCCAGAGGCCACGUGGGACCCGGUGCCCACCUCGAUGCCCCACCGCGGUCUCCACAAGCAUGGCCAGGUUCUCACGGGUCACAUGGUGUUCCGGGAGCCAUCCAGGCUGGGCCACAGACCCCCGGCCUGCGUGAGCAGCCGCCCGCCCAGCCUCCGCCCAGCACCAAGCCUGCUGCUCCAAAUGCAGGAAGUGGGAGGCCCGGCGGCUUCUGACUCCCGCCCUUUAUCAGCCCACGCCGCUUCCUGCGGCCCGCGCAGCCUGCACCCGCGGCGCCGGGACACCAGCUCAUCAGUGACUCAUCGAGAGCCUGCCCUGGGGACACCCGGGCCCACGCCCCCCUACUCCUGCCCUCAGCCCAGCCCACAUCUGGCUGUGCCCGUAGCCAGUAAGGUGGGCAGCCAGGGCUGCAGGGCCACGGGGCUGAGCACAAGCUCCUGCUCCCCCAGGAGCACCGACACCACCACCUCUGGGGGCCCCGAGCUCUCACCACCUCUGCCGGUGCAGUCACCCAGCCCCAGGCUGGCGGCCCACCUUCCUGGUCUGGGCCCCAUCAUGGCCUGUCCAGCUCCUCCCUCUUCUGGUCUCAGUGUGGACCCCUCCUCCUCUUCUGGACCGACCCCUACACCUCUCCCGUCCUGGGGCCUCUCAGGGGAUGCCUCCACUCCACAGAACUUGUCUCUGACCUUUCCUGAGCCCCCAGACUGCACCAGCGGGAACCCAGACUCUGCCGCUCACGGGGAGACCCCUCCUCCCUCACCCCAGUGCACCCCUUGCCCAGUGCGCCUGGGGACACCCGUGUGGGUCAGGACGGGAACUGAAGUUGGGGCAUGGGGGCCGUUCCCCCAGGAGUUGUCCCUGUCCUCACGGCCGACCACAGACCCUCAGAGCUUCGGCAAGGUCCUGCUGGUGUGGCCCCAACUGACCCAAGACCUCCCACCCUGGGAGCGUCCCCCCAGCUGCCGGCUCAGCUCCACAGCUGCUGAGGCUGGUGGCAGGGCCCACAGCAGUCAGGCCCCUGCCGAGCCCUGCAUGGGCACUUUCCCAGGCCCCACCAAGGCGGGCACCUGGCAGACAAUGUCUUUAUUCACUAUGACCUCCGGGUGCCCCUGUGAGGUGUGGCAGCCUGCCUGGCACCGGCCCCACUGCGGCCUUCCACUGGCCUCGCCGGGCCCACCACUCUGGCCGCUGCCCCCCCGGGACCCACGUGGGCCAUGGUGUGAUGGCUUCCUGAGCAGCGCUCUUCUUGCAGCGGGAGGCCAGAGCGCCUUGCCUCUGCCGCCGCCCACAGCCCCUGGGAAGGGCCUGGGCGGUCAGGGCCUGAGGCCCGCAGCCUUGGAACCCAUCCCUUGGACCCCACCCCUUGCCAGCCUGGCUGGGGCCCAGGCCUCCCCAGGGACCGGUCGGCCCUCCAGGCACGUAGGCCAGGACGACGCGGGGAAGCACCAACCAGCCAGGGCAGCUGCUGCUUGCCCGCGAGCGACCCCGACUUGGAAGCCCCCACCCCCAGGAGGUAAUGGCCCGUCGGGGCCCCCAGCGGGCCAGUGUGCACAUGCAGAGGGCCAGCUGUCCUGUGGAUGUGGCCACGGGAAACCAGGAGAUUGUGGGGAGGACCCCUGGGCAGGGGCCCAGAACCCAAGGCAGUGA